AUGGCUCUCCAGCAUCUCCACAGCAGCAGCAGCAGCAGCCAGCCUCCCAGCAACCCACCAAGCAGCGGUCAACAGAAAACCACCCCCGCUUCCAAUCCAUCCCACUCCCCCCCCCCCAUCCAUCAACCACUAAAAUCUACUAAGAAAAUCCCCAUCACCUUCAACCGUCAACAAUGGGUGGUCUGCUCGAACUCGUGCCUUGGUGUCGUCACCGGCAAAAACCUCGUCAAAGUCUUGGAAUAUGCCAAGGCUCACGGAUUUGCCAUCCCUGCCUUCAACUGCACCUCUUCUUCGACUGUCAUUGCAGCCUUAGAAGGAGCCCGAGAGUCCAAAGCGCCUGUGAUGAUUCAAGUUUCUCAAGGCGGUGCCGCAUUCUUUGCAGGCAAAGGAGUCAAGAACGGCAACCAAGAAGCUUCGAUCGCCGGCGCUGUAGCCGCCGCCAUGUUUGUCAGAUCCAUCGCUCCGACUUACGGCAUCCCCGUGAUCAUGCAUUCGGACCAUUGCGCCAAGAAGCUCUUGCCCUGGUUCGACGGGAUGCUCAAGGCCAAUGAGGAGUACUACAAGGCGCAUGGCGAGCCGCUCUUCUCGUCCCACAUGCUCGACCUUUCUGAGGAAUCCAAGGAAGAAAACAUCGAAAUCUGCUGCAAGUACUUCGAACGAAUGGCCAAGAUCGAUCUCUGGCUAGAGAUGGAAAUCGGCAUCACGGGCGGCGAAGAAGAUGGCGUCAACAACGAAAACGUCGACAAUGCUGCCUUGUACACCCAACCAGAGGAUAUUUGGGACGUUUACUCCGCUUUCAGCAAGAUCAGCCCGAUGUUCUCCAUUGCUGCUGCAUUUGGCAACGUCCAUGGCGUGUACAAGCCUGGGAAUGUCUCCUUGCAGCCCGAACUUCUUGGCAAGCACCAAGCUUACUGCAAGGAGAAACUCAAGACGGACGACCCCCGCCCUCUUUAUCUCGUCUUCCACGGCGGCUCUGGGUCCACCAAGAAGGAAAUUGCGACUGCGCUCGAAAACGGAGUCGUCAAGAUGAACGUCGACACUGAUACUCAAUGGGCCUACAUGGAAGGCUUCCGAAACUACUUUGAGGCAAAGAAGGAUUACCUGAAAACCCAAGUCGGCAAUCCGGAGGGCGCUGAUCUCCCCAACAAGAAAUGCUACGACCCCCGUGUUUGGGUCCGAGAGGGAGAGAAAACUAUGGUUAAGAGAGUUAUGGAAGCCUGCCAAGAUCUCAAGAACGUCAACGUACUUUAG